CCGCCCUUUGCCUCAGUCGGUCAGUCAGUCAGUCAGUCGAGGCCCAGCGACACAAACAGCCCGGUGGUCCUAUCGAUGCGCCCCAGCUGUUCCCACUGAAACUGACAAUCCUGAUCACCGAGGUGCUCGUUGAAGCCCUUAACCACACCCUCGACACCGUGCUGCGCCGCCUCGUCCAGCCGGGCCCUGUGCACCACCUCACGCACACCCGUCAGCACACCGUCAGCACCACUACGAAUGGCAAAGCACUGCAGGGGCGGCCUGGACACCUUCGCGCGCUUGGCGCGCUGCUGGCCCUCCCCCUCCUCGACCUCCUGCUGCACCGGCCCCACCGGCCCUCCGACCACCUCCCUGUUGCAGCUCGACUGUGUGGCCGCCGACUUGACGAAGUGGCUGACGGCCGCACGCACCCGGCGCCUCAUCAGUGUUUCACCGAUGAGGUAGUCGUCGAUGGCCGCCACGGCAGCCGAGGGCUCGUACAGGAAGGCGCCGAUCUUCCAGCCGAUGGCCUCUGCCUCGUGUGGUCCGAAUGAGAGGUUGGAGGGGGCGGGGUAGGGGUGGGCGCCGUCGUGAUGGGGGGCAAGGGGCAGCAGACGGGCGAGACGCAUCGAGUGGUCACGCUGGGGGGCGAGGCCGGCAUUGAUGGCAGACAUGACGACCUCGGACAGCUCAUUCAGCACUGUCGCAUACUCGGCCAGCACCAGUUGGCGUCGACGGCGGUUCUUCUCAGUGUCAGUGGGCAUGCGGGCGCUGGAUGGGGCCGCCCCGCCCCGCAGGAGCGUCCGGAUGGCGGUCUGGUACUCGCGGAUCCAUCUCGCGAGCCGCUCCCUUUGGCCAUCUCCCUGUUGCUGCUGCUGCUGGAUGAGGGGAUCGAGCCGCUCGGCAGCGAUGGCGAGGGGUGUCUGGUUGGGCCGGUUCGGCCUCUCUAUGUUGACGUCGUCGGGUGUGAGCUGGCGGCACAGCCACUCGAGCACCCAGGGGAGGCCGUUGCCUGCCGCCACGUGCAGUGGCGUGGCGCCCACAUUGUUUGUUGCCCUAAUCAUCUCGGCUGCUGGGCUAAUGAGGGUUAGGUACUGGCCGAUGAACAGCUGGGAGAAGGCAGCAGAUCUAGCGGCGGAAUGGACGAGGUUCCAUCCACCACUUCUUUCAGCUGCAAGUGUGCCGUCGUGUUGGAUGAGCCGACGGUAGAUUGACAUCAGGUUGUUCUCGUACUCGCGAGUGGCGGGAGGGGCGUCAUCAGGAAUGUAGGGAAGCUCCAUCACCAUAAUUCCCCGCACGUUGGCCUGGCGCGCCAGGAGGGCCUCCACAGCCGGCAGAUUGCCCGCCGCGAUGGCCACUAACACGGGGAGGGGCAAGAGGAAGCUGCCGCCUGCAUUGAUGUCCGCCCCGCCGUCGAUGAGUGCACUGAUGAUGUCACGCUGCAGCUGACGGGAGGACCACUGUGGCAGGGCGACGGGCACGCAAGAGUCAUAGGCGCCGCUUGCAGUGAGGGAUGGUGAUUCUGUUGGGCUGUCGAUGGCGAAACACAGGCAGCUGUAUCGCCAGAUCGGGCCUGCUGUGGUACCGCGGACGCGCAGGCUGCCGAUGGCUCUCGGAUCGGCCCCUUGACGUAUCAGCUGUGUGACUUGGCUGACAUCGGUUAUGGUGCGGCGGAUGCAGCCCUCCAACAGCUGCCGACUCACAACACUGACGCCCUCAUCGGGGACGAUCUCGACGUCAUCCAGCCCCUUGCAGCCGAGCGGCACAGCAGGAGGUGCUUGCGAUGCGGAAGAUCUUCCGACUGUCGUGGACGAAGGCUGGGCCAUGAUGCCGAGCCACACGCCUGAAUCAAUAGACGGACACAGACGCACACAAACCAUCUGCAUGCGAUCCUUCAACUGAUGCUCCUCUCUCUCUCCUUUCUCCUUUGUCCAGUCCUGGACGUACCUGGCGCUCUUUUUGUGGUUCCAUCCGUCACCGGUGAGUGGUGCCCAGAGGAGGCGACUCAAUGGGAACAGAUGAACUCAUCGAUUCGCAUUCAGCAGGUUCAGGGAGCACCAGCU